CGUCUUCAAUCUUCACAUCGCCGCCUUCUUACACUCUCCCCCCAACUAUACUUUUGCAAGUAUGAAUAAAAAACUCCUUGUUGUCUUUGGCGCAACAGGCAACCAGGGAGGUUCGGUCGUACAUCACGUUCUUAGCGACCCAGAGCUCUACAAACAGUACUCUGUCCGUGCCAUUACUCGCUCAGCCUCAGGUCCCAAUGCCCGAGCUCUAAGCGUGAACGGUGCCGAAAUUGUUGAGGCAGAUUUGGACGACUCGCUGUCCCUAAAAGCCGCUGUAGCAGGCGCACAUACCGUCUUUGCCUCAACAAACACCCAAGACACGGGUAACACGAGGGCAAUUGAGACAAGACAAGCGAAGGCGUUAUUUAAGGAGUUGGUAUACGCUGGAGCAAAAUACGUAAUCUGGAGCACGCUUCCGCACGUAUACAAUAUUUCGGAUGGAAAAUUGAAUGUCGAGCACUUCGAUACAAAGGCUGAGAUUGAAGAAUAUCUGCGCGAUCUGCCGAUUAAAUCUUCAUUUUUUGCCCCCGGAUUCUUCAUGCAGAACUUCCUGUCGCACAGAAUGCCACCGCGACUCUCGUCAGCCAACGAUGGAACGUAUGUCCUGGCGAACCUAUGUAAAGGCAACACAUUAAUGCCACUAAUUGAUGCCACUGAUACAGGCAAGUGGGUUGGAGCUAUUCUCGCGAAACCGGACGAGUACGAGGGAAAGUAUUUUGCCGCAGCGCAAGGCUUGUAUACGUGGGAUGAGAUUGCUCAAACCAUCUCCAAGGUCACUAUGAAAACAGUCGAGUUUCAGCAUGUUCCAGAUGAUGUAUUUAGGGAUUGGAUGCCAGAAGGAUUGAGAGAUGACCUGCACGAUAUGUACACGAUGUUUAGAGAGCACGGCUACUACGGGAAGAAGACGAGGGAGAAUAUCGCUUGGGCAGCUGAGCGUGCUCGGCGCAGCCCGGUGUCGUUGGAGGAAUUCUUUCGGCGGGAGAAUUUCAAGUUAGAUUGA